AUGUUUCUAUCUCUCUCUACACUAACUGUACUUGUGCCUCUCUUGUCACUGUCUGGAAUAUUUUAUUCAGCCUCAGUGGAUGAUGAGUUCCCCAAGGGAUGUACCAGCACAGCAAGUGUGUGUUUCUACAGUCUGCUGCUCCCUAUCACCCUGCCGGUCUAUGUGUUCUUCCAUCUGUGGACAUGGAUGGGGCUUAAGCUUUUCAGGCACAAUUAAUCUAAACCAUGAGAAUACGCUGUAACGUUGUCAUUGCUGUAUAUGGACAAAACCAUCCCCACAUGUGGCCUAUGGUUGCACAGGUUACUCUGAAAAUGGUGCAUCAAGCACAAUGUUAGACUAUAUUGUGAUAUUCCAGGGUGUGAUUUGAGAGUGUGAUCAGCUUAGCGGAUCUUUUGCUGGAAACUAGUAAUGACUGACUUAUUUUUCUCUGUAAUAAAUUUUUAUUAUGAACUUUAA